AUGAGGGAGUCAAGUGUGCCGUAUGUGAUUUUGGGGAAUGAAGGGAAGCUACUUGUGAAGGGUGAGGGGGAAUUGGUGCUGCAAGGGCAGUAUGGGGAAUUGAAGCUGGAGAAUGUGCUGUAUGUGGAUGGAUUGGCCUUGAACCUGAUCAGCCAAUCACAGUUGGACAGCACCGGGUGCAAGACUUUCAGUGACAAAGGGAAGAUGUGGGUGUUCGACCAUGCAUGGAAUGUGAUUGCUAAGGGAAUGAGGAAUGAUGGAUUGUAUGAGAUGAAACUGAAUGAGAAGGUCUUGGCUGCUGAGAAGGCUACCUACCAGCCACCACCGAAGGAAGGAGUGAUGGCAAGGGAGGAGUUGAAGGCGAAGCUGAAAGGAGUGCUUGUCGAGGAGCUGCAGGUAGAAGCUGUUGCAAUGGUGGCAGCAGCUGCAAAAGUGGAUUUAGAGACCCUGCAUAGGCGUUUAGGGCAUGCGGGGAUGGAGCGGAUCAAGGAGCUUGUGAAGAAGGGCAUGGCAGCCGGUGUGGAGCUGAAAGAAGGAGAUGGGAGCUGGGUGAUUAAAGACGUGGAGAAGGGGAAGACAGCAGUGACCAGGGAUGCCAUCUUCUAUGAAGAUGUCAAUUCUCUCCAGUGGAAGGGGGUAAACCAGGAGAUAGCAACGGGAGCAGCAGCUGCGCUUGAUAAGGUGGAGAAGCUGCUUGUGGAGAAGGAGAACGAGGGGAUAGGGUGUGAUGAGGAGGAGACAGAAGGUGGUGCGGAUAAACCUACCAAGGAACCUAUAUUUUCGGAGCCAGCGAAGAAAAGGGUUGUAGAGGCGGUAGCAGAUGUGGAGGAAGAAGGGCGCCAUGAAGGAGAGCUUGGAGAGACGUGUGCCGAGGAGGAAACUCAGAGUGUGGAGGAUGUGGAGAACAGUGAUGGGUCAGCAAAGGAGGAUGGGAGUAGCCCAUGGAAGCUGAUCGAUAGUGACGCUACUUGUGAAGGUGCUAAGGAGAUAAAUGAGCUGCUGGAGGAUGGAGCCAUAGUGAUAGGAAAGGAACGAGGGCUUGACGAGAUAUACGCAGCGACAAAGGAAGUGAAGCAGAUUCCUAGGGCAACGCUGUUUUUGGGGAUGAACCAGGAGCGGAAUGUGGAAGAGAAGAAGCUCUUCUUGUACCAGAAAAAGUAUUGCAACAGGGUGCAGCAGAGGUUUGGCCAGGGUUUGAUCAAGGAGAUCACGACACCACUCAGCGGCAUGGCAGCAAAUGAUACCGAGCAGGAAGAGGAUGUGAAGCAGUGGGGAGGAGAAAAGAAGGCGCUGCAGAUGUACCAGUCGAUGGUGGGAUCGGUUAUGUAUCCGGUUGCAUGCACAAAGGCCGACAUGGCGUAUGCGGCGAGUUAUUUGGGGCAGCACGUGCAACAGGGAAGGAAAUGGCGAGAGAUGAAGCGAGCACUUAGUUAUUUGGUGCAGCAUGAGGAUGAGGGACUUCUCUUUGAGGGAGGAGAGGAGACUUUGCAGCUGGUGGGGACCCUCGGUCCCCUUCCCUCCCUUGGGGGACGGCUCUCAGGCCACACGGGGACCCUCGGUCCCCUUCCCCCCCUGGGGGACGGCUCUCAGGCCACACGGGGCCCUCGGUCCCCUUGCCCCCCUGGGGGACGGCUCUCAGGCCACACGGGGACCCUCGGUCCCCAUCCCCCCUUGGGGGACGGCUCUCAGGCCACACAGGGACCCUCGGUCCCCUUCCCCCCCUAG